AUGGUUAGUGUUUCUGUUUCUCUUUCAACUAACUUAACUGUCAAUCCAAGUCUUAAACUUUCUAAACAAAAAUCGAGACAAAAUCCUCUGAAUUCAACCUUGAAAUUUUUGUCCAAAUCAGGGAAACUAGAUGAAGCCUUUCACCUUUUAUUGGAAUCCCAGAAAUCUAAAACCCCAAUUGGAUCACCCAAUCUCGAGUCCUACACCACCCUAUUACAUGCUUGCAUUUCAAGAAAAUCUUUAGACCAUGGCCAAACGCUUUACCUUUAUCUAUUGAAAGAUAACAAGAGUUUUCUCAACAAUCCCAUAUUGAAAUCCAAGUUCAUAACUCUUUUCUCGGUUUGUGGCCUCGUGGAUGAGGCUCGUCGUGUUUUUGAAAAUGACAUUAAGGAGAUGGGGCAUUUACCUGAAUCAGUUUGGGUGGCAAUGGCUAUUGGAUAUUCGAAAAAUGGGAAGGUUAAAGAAGCUUUGCUUGUCUAUUGCAACAUGUUGUCAUGGGGUGUUGAACCGGGGAAUUUUGCAUUUUCGGUUGCAUUAAAGGCUUGUUCAGAGUUGUUGGACUUGAGAAUUGGUAAAGGUGUACAUGCUCAGAUCAUAAAAGCUAAUGAAGAACCUGAUCAAGUAGUGCAUAAUGCUCUUUUGAGGCUGUACACUGAGUGUGGGAGUUUUGACGCCAAGAGUCCAUCUACCCUUUUGUCAGCAUCUCCUCUCUAUUUAUUGUUUUGUAAGAUGUUGAGUGGAUGGUGA